AUGGGAUCUGCAAUAGCACAAGGUUCGAGUAAUUCGAAGCGCACUGCUGCAGAUCAGAAGGAGAAACAAAAGACAACGAUCAAUAGCGACUCAUUGAUUGUCUCACAAAAGAGUCGGAUGGCGAGUCAGAAAAUUUCGAAAAAUAUCAGUAAUCGAAAAAGGACUCGAAAAAAGCGAACAUCAGUUAUUUCUGCAACGAGUAGUGCGCUUGAUGCAUCUCUGAGUAGAUUUGAAAACAUGUCUAUCCAACGCGAAAAUGUUUUUGGACAUACGGAAAUGCAGUCUGCAACUCAGGAUAACGGUCAUUUGAAUUGGAAAGUGAACGAUAUGUCGUCUGAAAUGAAUUCAGAAGUUCGUAACUUUUGGGAACAUCCAGACUUGGGUUCUUCUCACGAAAAACGCUCCAAAAGGAACAAGCUGAAAAAUUCCUCGUUUCGUUUGGUAACUCUUGCUGCAAGUACUUCCGUAAAUGAACAUGCAAAUGCUGUUGCAAGAUGCAAUGAGCCAGAUGUAAUAUCAUUAAGUGGUAAGGAAGGGAGUGAGAAUCUGGAAGAUGAUGCUGAAUUUACUUUAGUCGAAAAGGAUAAUGAUUUCAGUACGGAAUUACAAACUGCACCGCUAGUCAGCAAAGCAGUUCUAAAUUCUUUAACUGCUUCUAACGAAUUAGAAAGAAGCAAACUUGUAAAUAAUGCAGUUUCUGAGAAAACUAAUAAUGCCAGUGUUUUAGAAAAUGAAGGCAAUAGUCUAAUUCUAAGAAACAAGGAACAAAUGAAAUUGGAUGUAGUUUGCAAAGAGAAGAAACAGUUCACCACCAAAGUACCAUUAAGAAGUGGUCCACUUUUGAUUCGAAAAGAUUCUUUCGAUGGAUUUAAUUUAAUCCCUGGCACGCAUAAGUUUAUUCAAAAUGGCGAAAUAGAGGUGAAAAUUGAAAAGCCAAAAGGGAAGGAUUUUAUUCAACUCAUUUUAUUUGAAUGCUGUGGCCCGUUGGAAGAUCCUAAACAAGUCACUCGAGGUGGAUACAAGAUAUGUGCAUCAGCUGUAUUACAUGAGAAUACAUCUGUGGAAGUAAUACGUGCGGCGCUUAUUGACUUAGCUGAACAACUUGAGCGAAUAUCUCGUGAUUCGUUUUAUGGUGGCGAAAAGUUAUCUUAUUCGGUGAGUAAAUACUCUUUGUCUUACUUGGAGAAGCAGUACAUUUAUCCGCUGAAAAAGAAAUCUUCAAGUUUCCCACGAGCUCUCUACUACUGUCAAUUAUGCAAGUAUCAUAUCUGUUCAAUUUCUCAAGCAGUAACGCAUUUCUUGGCACAAGAACACAUUGACAACAAGGAAAAGGCAGAGUCGCUUAAAAAGCUGGCAUGUUUGCCAGGUCCGGUCAGGGAGCAGAUGUUCAAAGUAGACCAAAUCAUUCGAGAAUUAUACAUUUUCACUGGACUUACGGAUGUACGGUGUGAAGUUGGGUCACAAAUCGCGAAUUUAUUAUCAGAUUUUUUACAAAACAAAGCUCACAGAAAUUAUUCGGUGAUGGUUUAUGGCUCAUAUCUGACAAGGCUAGCGACUGUGCAUAGCAAUCUGAAUUUAUCACUGAUUUUUCCACUGGAAUACUCACUUGGUCAUGCAUUGUCAGAGGUCAUGGAAGUUCUAAAUGAUACAGCAUUAGAGAAAAGCUUUACUGUUCAUUCUAUAACUCCUGAUUUUCAACGUCCGGAUCCUUCGAUUCACUGCACUGUAAACUCCGUUGCCGUUGUUAUUACAGCAAAUUGCGUUCGACAGCAGCGUGCUACCCAGCUUGUUAAUUUAUAUUGUACAAUUUGUUCACAAUUCAGGAUUCUCGCUACUAUCUUCCGUUCAUGGGCGAACCUGUGUUCGUUGACCAAUGUACAGUUGGGUGGUAUACCGAAAUUUGCUUUUGAUAUUAUAUUAAUUUACUAUCUGCAGCGCAAGGGAUUACUUCCUUUCGUCUUCGAGAUUCUAAGUGAAGAAGAAAUGCUACUGCUAGACAGUGAAAGUCUCGACUUUGACCAUCAAGUGGAUAAGAUAAAUACUGGUUUCGGUACUGGCAGUGAAAAAUGGAAUUUCGGCGAAAUUUGGAUUGAUUUAUUCCGUUAUUACGCUAUUGAACAUCCUAUUGAAGAACUAAUACAAAUACGUUUGAGAAAAAGAUAUUUGUCAGAAGACUGUACGCGUUGGAGCAAAAAACGGCUUGCCGUCGAAGACCCAUUUGCUCCGUAUCACAUAAUGCAACCACAGCAGCGCAUAAAUGGUUAUUUCUCAAGUUGCUUUUUGUUUACUUAUUUUCAUUUUGCUUUGCCGCGCACUAUUGUUUGUUCGCUAAUUCCAUAUUCCGUUAUAACACCCGGAACUGUUGCUGUGCAGACGAAAAAGAGAAGAAAACACAGGUCGAGAAGAACCACGCUGUUGAACGGUUCUUGUUCUGAUGAAGCUGCAGCAAAUAAUAAUCAGCAAAUAAACAAAGGUGAUUUGGAUGACGUCGAUAAUUUAUAUCAAGAUGCAACUCUAGAGGCUAUCAGGUUAGAGACCGAUGUGAGCCCGCAAGGAAUUUCUGAAGUAACCGAAACUAGAUUGGAAGAUGUGAACCAAAUCUGGACAAACAAGGAUGUGAACGAUGAAAAUUCAUUACUAUAUGGGGAACACAAGGAUUUAGAAAUGUCAUUUUCUGAUCCUGUUACUUCGUGCCUGGAUUUGCAUACGUCUCAUAGUGAUUUGCAAAGAGAUGAUGCUGGUGAGACGUGUUGCGACCGUAAUGUGACGUCAACUUUCCAACAGCAUGGUAUCCACUUCAAGGAGCUUCCUUCACGAAUGAAAGCAUUCAAAUUGUCGGCGGCUGCUGUCCAAAAUUGCGGAAAUUUAUACAUCAAGGGAGAAUAUGAAGGAAGAGAAUUGGCUGGGAACAGGCUUGCAAAUGCUUCGAUUUUGAAUAUUAAAUUUCAUGAUUAUGACGAAAUGGCUAUUCGCAAGUUAUGGUUGACUUUAAAUAAUAAUGAUUAUGAUUAUCCGUGGGCUUUGCACUUCUUCACGGGCGGAUUGGAACCAGUGGCACGGUGCACAUGUUGUAAUGCAGAUGGUCAUUUGCGUGAGAACUGUCCUGAACUUGUGAUUCCAGAACCCAAAAAUUUCCCACCAAUGACCAAUGCACAAAAGAAAAUAAUUAAUCUUAUCAUCUUCGAUAUUUUCAAUACAAUGAGAAUAAGACCCUAUUAUGUGCAUCAUAUGUCAGCACUCUGCCGCGAACUUGAAGGUUUUCUUCGACGUUUUUAUCGUACUGAUUGUCAUCUUUCAUUGUUUGGUUCAGCUGGAAAUGGAUUCGGUCUUUUAGGUUCAGAUGCUGAUAUCUGUCUUCAGUUCGGACCAGGAGUGAGGCCUGAAGAUAUCGAUUCGGUGGAAGUCAUAAAUAAAAUAGCGGAAGUGAUUCGUAAAAUGCCUAAUGUUGUAUAUGUCUGCGAAAUCCCACAUGCUAAAGUACCAAUCGUAAAGUUUCGUUGCCGUAAUCAUUAUAAUCUUGAGGCAGAUGUGUCGCUAUAUAACGUGCUAGCGUUAGAGAAUACACGCUUGCUACGGACGUACAGUAAGCUUGAUCGUCGAAUACAUCAGUUAGGAAUAAUGACUAAAAUAUGGGCUAAAAACUGCGAAAUUGGAAAUGCAUCGAAAGGAAGCCUAUCAUCCUAUUCAUAUAUCAUCAUGCUUAUUCAUUAUCUUCAACGAACAGAUCCACCAGUCGCUCCAUUCCUCCAGGAAGUAGCACCGCCUGGAAGAUGUAGAGAACCAAUAAUAAUUGAUAACUGCGAUGUGUACUUUUGUAACUUUGAAGAUUUGGAAUGGACAGUCCACAAUCGCUUAACUGUUGGAGAAUUGUGGAUAGGCUUUCUGGAUUAUUUCGCGACGAAAUUUGAUUUUACACGAGAAGUUGUACAAAUUCGACAAACUCCACCGCUAAUGAAGUUGGACAAAGGCUGGCAAUCCAGACCAAUCGCUAUUGAAGAUCCAUUUGAUCUCAGUCAUAAUCUUUCCUCUGGUGUUCAUUCCAAAACAAUGGCAUAUAUACAGAAAUCAUUUAUACAAAGUCGGGAAAAAUUUAAUACCUUAUCGGUCGUCCCAAAUUCAAAACUAAAUCACAAUUCACUUGUACUGUAUGCGUCUCUCCUGCUUUCAAGCUGUCGUGUGGGCAAUGGUCCUCCAUUGGAUCGCAACUGUUGCCACCGAUGUCGACAGGUUGGACAUUUUGUGAUGGAUUGUCCUUUGGGAAUAAAAGAUAAGAAACGAAAUAAGUAA